CCAGUAUUCACCAAUAGCUUCUCCUGUACUCCUCUUUAACAAAUAUAAAUACCACACUGCUGUAUUCAAAAACCCGCGAAAAAAAACCCGCUCUCCCACUCUCUCGAAAGGAAGCAAAUACAAUCCACAUUUACCCGUACAAAACCCUAAAUAUUUUUGGGGAUGAGGAAGACAAGAGACACUAAUCUGAUGAUUCUAUCAUCAGAUGAUGAAGACGAUUGUGAUUACAAACCGAACUCACAUCGAAGCUAUACAAAGAAGCCAAAAUCUAGAUCGUUUAUUACUCGUACAAACCCUAGACAGCCAAAGAAGCCUCGUGUUUCAGGUUCCCGGUCUCGAUUUAGCAGAGACUCCCCUAAUUUAUUUGAGGUUGGGUUUCCUGAAGAAGAUUUUGAAGAAUUGUUUUCUGGGUCCAAGGUAUCUGCUGGUUCUGGAAGAAGCAACGUAAAGGAAUUGUGGGUUGAUAAGCAUAAACCUCAUUCCUUGGAAGAACUUGCUGUUCACAAGAAGAAGGUUGAAGAAGUUAAAUCGUGGUUUGAAGAAAGAUUAAAAACUACGAAGAAUUUGCAGGGCAAUUUGAUAAAUAAUGUUGUUGUCAUCAAUGGAAAAGCUGGUGUUGGAAAAUCUACAACCAUCCAUGUGAUUGCAUCCCAUUUUGGAGCUAGAUUAUGUGAAUGGAACACACCUACUCCCACAAUUUGGCAGGAACAUGUGCACAAUACCAAUACAGGAAUACAGUAUACAUCCAAGUUGGAUGAAUUUGUAAAUUUCAUCGAGAAAAUCAGGAAGUAUGGAUUAAUCCCAUCAUCCUCAUCUGAGGACACAAAACCGUCAGUUAUACUCUUAAUCGAUGACCUUCCUACGACGAAUGGAAGAGUUGCUUUUGAAAGACUCCAAAGCUGCUUGCUUCAUCUCGUGAGAUCAACUCAGUUACCGACAGCUAUACUGGUAUCAGAUUAUGAUGAAGCAGAUUCAGCAGAUCAUACAGCACGACGUUUGGAACAACUUCAGUUGUCUCUUGAGAAUGCUGGGGCUUGUAAGGUUUCUUUUAACCCUAUUACAAAUAACUCCAUCAAGAAGACACUCAGUAGAAUAUGCAGACAGGAGCAGUGUAGUGUAACUGAUGAACAACUUGAUCUGAUAGCAAAAGGCAGUGGAGGUGAUAUAAGACAUGCAAUUACCUCUUUGCAGCUCUUUUGUGUGAAACCAGAUCUAGUGCUCAAUGGUUCCUAUUCUACUCCAAGUUACUCGUAUGGAAAAGAAGAUGGUAUUGAUGCUUUAGUUAGUGGAAUUUCAUUGUUAUUUGGCAGAGAUGAGACUCUCUCUCUAUUUCAUGCACUGGGAAAGUUUCUGCACAACAAAAGAGAAACUGAAGUUGCCAAUGCUAUUACACCCGGAGAUGCAUUCCUUGUGCAGGAGAAUUUCUCCAGGUUACCAUUGAAAAUGGAUGCUCCAGAAAAGGUUCUUUGUCAAGCACAUGGGCAAGCCAGGCCAGUCACUGAUUUCUUGCAUGAAAACGUGCUGGAUUUUAUAAGUGAUGAAGCAAUGGAUGAUGCCUUGCAUGUUUCUUCAUACUUUAGUGAUUCCGACUUGCUUCUCUCUUCAUUCCGAGGAAUGUUGGCUAGAUAUAAUGAGGCAGAAAAUGUUCUCCAAUCAGCUGCUGCUUCAGUUGCUGUUCGUGGGGUGCUAUUUGGAAAUUCUCAUCCUUCACCUCCCAGAUGGCAUGCUAUCCGGAAGCCAAAGCUCUGGCAGGUUGAAAAAUCAAUGCUGCACAAUCAGAAAGAGAUAGUAAGACAGAGAUUUACUGCUUAUAAUGGAUCCAGCUCUUGUAAUGUGUCAGAUGUAGCUACUGAGUACAUGCCUGUGAUGAAAUGGCUUGAACAUAGAGCUUCUGGUUUUGAAGAUAAUCAAGCGCUUGUGUACUGCAACAAGACAGACGAUGAGAGUUGCGAUAGGAUGAGUUUAGAUGACAAAGAAAGUGAUAUAUCUGAUGAUGAAAUAGAAGAGUGGUAAGAAAUAGCGAGCGUAUCAGAUGGAAAGAGUAAUUUAGGCUGGUACUCCAUUGUAAAAUUCUAGUCAUUGCUUCGUAUUGUAAUUUUUUCCAACUUUACCUCCCAAAAAGUGGAAUGUAAAUUUGUCUUUGGCGGUUCAGCAUA